AUGGACAGCGAGACGAUUCUCGUCGGGCAUGCUCUUCAGAAUGACCUGGAGGCCCUGGGGAUCGUGCAUGGGCGUGUCGUCGACACGCAGAUUCUCACAAAGGAGCUUGUGGGUGGAUUUGCGGGGGUCCUACCGAACCGGACGUGGGGGCUCAAGGGCCUCGCGAGGGAUAUUCUGGGGAAGGAUAUUCAGAGGGCGAAGGGGCAUGAUUGUGUGGAGGAUACGCUUGCGACGAGGGACCUUGUGCUUGCUUGUAUUAGAGAUGAGGGGGUUGGGGAGUGGGCAGAGGGCGAGGCGUCGUGUGCGGGGAAUUUCCCUCCGACGUCGUGGGGGGAUGAGCAGGAUGAAAUGUGGGAUCUGGAUUCGAAUGAUGUGAAUUCGUGGCUUUGA